GAGAUAAUAUUACUAUAUUAGUAGUGCACUGCUCUUUCAUCUCAAUUCAAUUAACGGUUUUUCACUCACUGAGUCGCAAAUCCAAAAUGUCACUCUCUUUGCAAUCUCCGCCGUCUGCAUCUGCAACCAUUCCGCCGUCGCCGUCGUCUUCUUCCUUUCUUCAGGGACAGAAAAAAUUGGGGUUCUCACCUGGAUUAUUCACACCCUCCAUUCUAAUUUCCCAUUCUCGUAGAUCUCUUCCCUUAAUUUCUGCUUCCUCCGGCUUCUCCUCUUCCCUCGACACUGGUUUGACAUCUGAGUUAGACGCUGUUUCUAGCUUCAGUCAGAUCGUUCCUGACACCGUCGUUUUUGACGAUUUCGAGAGGUUUCCUCCUACUGCUGCUACCGUCAGCUCUUCUCUCCUUCUAGGCAUAUGUGGCCUUCCUGAUACCAUAUUUAGAAAUGCGGUUGAUAUGGCAUUGGCUGAUUCUGAAUGUUUUGGGAUAGAGAAUGCCGAAUUGAAAUAUUCCUGCAUUUUUAACAAGGCUCUAGUAAAUGUUGGUGGCGAUUUGGCAAAACUAGUUCCUGGACGUGUUUCAACUGAAGUGGAUGCACGUGUUGCAUAUGACACACAUGGGAUUAUCAGAAAGGUGCAUGACCUGUUGAAAUUGUACAAUGAAAUCAAUGUUCCUCCUGAGCGAUUGCUGUUCAAAAUUCCAUCAACAUGGCAGGGAAUUGAGGCCUCAAGAUUGUUGGAAUCUGAGGGAAUACAAACACAUUUAACUUUUGUAUACAGCUUUGCCCAAGCAGCAGCUGCAGCUCAAGCUGGUGCCUCUGUUAUUCAGAUUUUUGUUGGUCGUCUACGUGAUUGGGCUCGCAAUCACUCGGGUGACCCUGAAAUAGAAGCUGCUCUUAAAAGAGGAGAGGAUCCUGGGCUGGCUUUGGUGACUAAGGCUUACAACUACAUACACAAAUAUGGAUACAAAUCAAAGUUGAUGGCAGCAGCUGUUAGGAAUAAGCAAGAUUUGUUCAGUCUUCUGGGCGUCGAUUACAUCAUUGCUCCAUUGAAGGUAUUGCAGUCCCUCAAAGAAUCAGUUACCAAUCCGGAUGAUAAAUACUCUUUUAUUAGGAAACUCUCUCCACAGUCCGCAGCUAAUUACAUUUUCAGUGAAGAUGAGGUAAAAAAAUGGGACCAAUUAAGCCUUGCAUCGGGAAUGGGGCCUGCAGCUUUGCAGCUGCUUGCUAAUGGAUUGGAAGGUUAUGCUGAGCAAACACAGCGAGUUGAGGAACUUUUUGGGAAGAUUUGGCCACCCCCAAAUGUAUGAAGCGCGCUUGGGCUUUGAUAUUUGGAGAAUGUUGUUUUCGUGAAUAAGAGCCGGUGAACAAAAGGUUUAUGUAUGAAUCCUCUAAUAAAUUAUGUUCUGCAACUCCUUUUCUGCUCCCACUUACUGAUAGAGAAU